GGCGCCGGUGCUCUUGUGUUUUGUUUCUUAUCAGCUGAUUUAUAAAACUUAAGUGGCUUCAGGUGGCAUAUGCAAAUAUUGGCUAUUGUUUGCACUAUGCUAGUGAAAUAAACAUUUUAAGCAGAAGCAGAUAAUUAUGUUUUGAGAAAUAGAAGCCUUGCCGCUGGAGUAUUGAUCUCAAUGCUAACUCUAUUAAUCACUCGGAGAUUCAUACAGCUUAUGCUUUUUAUUGAAGCCCAACCAUCGCAUUCAUUUACACAGUUUGAAUUCGCCCAGUAACACUUUAUGUGAAUAGAAUAUGGAUGCGUCCAAUUGGGAUGCUAAGAUUUUUUGUCGGGCGUGUGCCAAGGAAUUAAAUCUACUUAAAAAUGACGAAACAGUUCACUGGGUGUACAUCUUUGAUUCAUUGGAUUUUGUGCAGAAACUUAGCGCUUGCAUCUCAAUAGAAGUGUCUGCAACGGAUAAAUACUCAAAAUAUUUGUGUAUAUGUUGUUGCCAGAAAGUCAAUGAUUUCUUUCAGUUCCGAGAAAUGUGUAAACAAUCAAUUCGACGUUUUGAGGAACUGCAACAGGUUCAGAAUACCUGGGAUUUUGAAGAUGAGAUUCCCAUACCUGUUUCGGAUGAGCAGACGAGUGAGAUUCUAAAGGUAGACGAAACAAAUUGUUUGGAAGAUGAUCAUGGAAAAUUUGAGCGGCAGACAAAAAUUGUAAAAUUGGAACAAAGAAAAGUGAAAAAGUAUACGAAGGAAAUAAAGGAGAAAAGCCGAACAUUUAUUCUAAAAGAUGCUGACUGCGAAUCGGAGACUUCUGACCAGUUAGAGCAAAAAAUGGAUACACAAAAAGCGCAAUUUUCCGAUGAAGAUGCCUUGGACUUUGAUGUAGCUAUGAUUAGCAACAAUGCAUCACUAAAUGAAGACAACACUGCUACACAGACGAAUGUUGUCACCAAAUGUAAAUAUGAAAUGAAGACGAAUACCAAUGCAACACCGUCAACUCUAUCAAAAAUUGCUGCCGAAACAAAGAAAUGCACCAUUUACCGGUGUGUUAUUUGUCCGGCACGUUUUAUCGCCGAACACCGCCUUAUUGCUCACAAGCGCGAACAUGAAGGCCUUAUUCCGUAUCCUUGUCCGCGCGAAGGAUGCAGUAAAUCGUUCAAUCAUUGGAACAGUCUUUCUAGACAUCUUAGUCAGCACGACGGGAGGAGUUUUCAAUAUGAAUGCGACCAAGAUGGUUGUGGCAAAGUGUAUAAGUAUAAACCAACACUAGUGAUGCAUAAGCGAAAAUGUCAUAAAUUGGGACCUGAGCUGAAAUCUCAUAUCUGUGAGAUUUGUGGGAAAGUUUUUAAAUCCACGGCAAUACUUAAUGAUCAUCGUUACACCCACAAGGAUAAAUCUGAGCGUCCACAUGCAUGCAACCAACCAAAUUGCGUGCGGCGUUUUUCCAAUAAAGAAAAAUUGAAAGUUCAUCUAAUGCGUCAUGCUGGCAUUAAAAACUAUGUGUGUCCACACUGUGGUUUGCGUAAAACGACAAUGAACGAACUGAAGGUGCACAUUAACUAUCACACACUGGAACGCACCUGGCCAUGUCGCUUUUGUACACAAGUCUGCAAUAGUUCCGGCAAUCUAAGAACUCAUGUGCGCACAGUGCAUGAGCGGGCCAAAGAUUAUGCUUGCCGUCAUUGCGAUCGUACAUUCGCCAAACCGGACACGCGCAAGUAUCAUGAAAUGACACACACAGGCGAGAAACCAAACGAAUGUCCGGAUUGUGGUAAGCGUUUCAUACAACCAGCGGCAUUGCGUACACAUAGGAAAAUUCAUCAGCGUCAGCAUGGACGUAUUGAAACAGCAAACAAAUCGAAUUUGUUGACUUCAAAUAUGACCUAAAAUUGGUCAAAAAUAAUUGGUAUCGAUUAAUAUUACAAAAACGAAGUGGAAAUAUUG